AUGGCAAAAAGAAUUGCACUCAAAAUGAUAUUUGGUGAUGUUAGUGAAAAGUAUAGCAGGGUGUGGGAUUAUGCGGAGGCAAUAAGGAAAUUUAAUCCAGGAAGCACUGCAAUCGUCAAAUGCAUUGGAAUAGACAAACCCCCACCUUUGUUCCAAAGGAUGUAUAUAUGCUUGCCAGCAUGUAAGGAGGAUUUUUUUGCUGGCUGUAGGCCUAUUAUAGGUGUUGAUGGGGCACAUUUAAAGGGACAAUUCCCUGGGAUUUUUUUGACUGUUGUAGGUAAAGAUGGGAACAAUAACAUCUUUCCUGUUGCCUGGGCUGUUGUUGAAAUAGAAAAUAUGAAAACUUGGACUUGGUUUCUAAAUCUCCUUGUAAAAAAUCUUAGGUUAAUUAUUGCAUCUAGCAGUUGGGUACAAGCAGGAGGUGAAGCUUUCACCUUCAUGAGCGACAGGCAAAAGAGUUUGGUUAAAGCUUUCAACUCAGUAAUUCCUGAAGCUGAAAUUAGGUUCUGUUGCAGAGAAAUGAAUAAAAUUAAGAAGAUUUCUGCUGAAGCAUAUGAAUAUCUAGCUGUCAUUCUUACAAAACAUUGGUCUAGGCAUGCUUUUCCCACUAUUAGUAAAUCUGGGAUGUUGUUAAACAACUAUUGUGAGUCAUUCAAUAAAGUUUUAAGAGAAACAAGGGGGAAGCCUAUAAUUUCUCUAAUGGAAUGGAUUAGGAGAAUGAUUGAAAAAAAUACAAAGGAUAUAUACGAUUUAAGGGUAAUCCUAGUGGAUGUGUUUGAGUUUGAGGUGGAUGAUGAUGAAGAGUCUUACGUUGUCAACUUGACCAAUAAGACUUGCCAUUGUGGAAGUUGGACACUUAUUGGGAUCCCUUGUAAACAUGCAAUGACUUGUAUUGUUCUUAGAAAAUUAAAUUGCAACCAAUUUUUCCACGAGGCCUAUCAUAUAGAAACGGAUGCAAAGACCUAUGGUCCAAAGUUUCAUGGUAUGCCAAGACAUAAUAUGUGGCCCACAACCACUUUGGCCAAAGCACUUCCUCCACCAUUUCGAAAGAUGCCUGAAAGGCCAAACAAGAGGAAAAGAAAGAAGGAAGCUAAUGAAGGAAAAAGGAGGGAAGAAGCCUGCAUGUGCUGUUAG